CACAGGCCAUCAGCCCAUCACCGGCACCCCUCCUCGCAACGACUUUCCAGCGACCCGCGAGGUCCGACCCUCCCCCUCCCCGCCCUCAAGAGGCCUUAAACACCACCCACACAUCCGACUUGCUACUCGCUACUCGGGGCCUACUUAUUUCCUCGCCAUGUCCGCAACUGCCCCCAGUGGCGCGUUGCCGAACAAACCCGUUACCAGGAGCUCACUCCGGCAAUCGCUCAACCUCGCCUCGAUGGGAAAGGCCCUUGCAGACGUGAUGUACAAGGAUGGGAAGGACGGCGCAGAGAGGGAGAAGGGCAGUAAGAAGUCUGCUCGCCGCUCGAGCACCAUCGCUGUCUCGCAGGCCCCUGCCUCUCGCCCCUCCCUGGACAAGGCCAUGCUCCAGAAGGCUGAGCCGUCUCCCGACGCCAAGUCCAAGACGCUCGGUCGCCAUACGCGACGGACGUCGGCCGUCAAGAAGCCCGUAGCCACGGAUUCAGAGGAUCGUUCCUCUUCCCCUCUUACACCUAAGACUGCCUUGCCGCGCUCGGGUAGCCUCCGUCCCCGUACAUCCAACGCCGUCUCCGCUCUGCCGAAGUAUCGCCCUCGCCCGCGAUCCAUGAUUGUAGAGGAGUCAGUCAAGCCACCUUCCCCUACGCGCCUCGGGGGCAAAGCGAUCGACCGUUCCCCCGUCGAGAAGAAGAAAGUGGUUCACAAGCGCAGUGCCACUCUCGAGCCACCGUCCUCGGCGGGCAAGCUGUCUCGCUCCGUCAGCCCCAACCCCCAUCCCGACGCGCUCAAAGUUGACCUCAAGGGCGCCAUCAACGUGGCGCCUCGUACCCCCGAGAAGAAGGUUGCGUCUGCUAAGCGGUCUGCAGCCCCUCCUUCCACCCCUCGCCAUGGUUCCUCUGCGCGCGCGUCGAAGUCUGCAAAGACGUCAUCCAACGCGUCCGCUCCCCGGAACAUCUCGCGCCCAUCAUCAUCAGCCUCUUCAUCUACGUCCUCGCUGACCCCUCAAACACCUAAGACCGGUCUCUUGCGCAGCGCUGUGAAGAAGACAUCGUCCUCGUCUGUGCAGCGCGACAGCCCUAGCCCCAGCCCUCUCCGUGGCGUUGUCGCGCAGUUCCAGGAUUCCCCCCUCACGCAGGUCUCCACUCGUAAGAACCUGCCUUCCACCCCUUCGCCCGUGCGCCACCAGUCAACUACCCCGACCGCCAGCGCCUUCGCCGAAGGCCACAGCAUCGAUAGUGUCGACGCGCACGAUGUCGAGUUCCUCCUCUCCGGCGUUGCAUCUCCCACAGCGCCGACGCCCGCCCUCCCGCGCUUCCGGGUCAUGACCGAGCGGGAGCGGCGCAAUGCCAUGACACCGCCUCGUCCAGGUUUCCUCCCGGCUCGUAGCAAUCUCUCGUAUCUAUCCCCGGAGAAACCCUCGUCUACGAACAGCUCGCCGUUCCUGCGUCCCCUCCACCGGCAGAUGGGCAAUGACCGCGGCUCGAUCUUGUCAUGGGAGCAGCUUGCGAAACACAGCCGGACAUUACAGGACGAUGAAGUCGACCACAUGUUAUCCGAGAUGCCUGCACCAUUCCGAUCCGGCGCUGUCUCGCCCAGCCUGAGCACUUCUACCCAUGACGUCCCCGAUAGUCCCACCCUGAGUGCCAUGCCAUCACCUGGAGGUUAUGGCUCGAUCUCGCAGGUCUUGUUACCCGACGUCACGCCAUCACCCGCCGUAUAUAACAAGGCGGAGCUGUUCAACGUGUCCGCGGAUGCAUCCACGGAGGAUGGCGCAGCCGUAACCCUCCUCCGUCUGCAACUCGCCUCUGCAGAGACCAAAGCACGCGACAGGCUCGCCGAGAUCGAGUCGCUCGAGAGCCAGCUGCAGACCGCGAAAGCGGCACGCCUCCGUGACUCGGAGGAGCUUGCCAAGCAAGUCUCUGAGUUAGAGGAUCGGGUACACGGCAAUUUGCACGUCGAUGCCGAGCGCAUGGAGUACAUCACGUCGCUCGAAACCCAAAUCCACCAGGCCCAGGUCGUGCGGGAGCAGGCCAUCCAGCAGGCGCUCCAGCAGAUGCAGGAGCGCGCGCAGGCCGCUCACUUCGCCGCACUCAGGGAGCAGCAGCAGAAGAUGAUGGUCGUAACUUGCGCAGGCACCGCAGCGGAAGCAUGGAGCGCGGUGCGAGACGUGGCGGAUGGGGAACUCGAGCUAGUUCGCGCUAACCGCGAGAUGCUCACUGUGUUAUUGGCCGGCCUGGACCAAAGCCACUGGCAGCUUGCUCGUGCGACUGCUUAAGGUUCUUCGAUAUAUUGAACAUAUUCACACCUUCGUUAUUCUGCUUUUGUGCUCUUACGUUCGCUGUAUCUCGACCUCUGUAUUUGUAGCGCGGACCUCCUGCCACAUCUUCUCGUCAUGAUCUCGUCAUGUUAACGGUUUUGAAGCCAUAUCCUCAUGACAUUACGUAUAUAUAUCAAGAGAGAUGUACAUAUCAUAACUUUAAGACAACGGAAGGUAUAUGAUUAU